AUGGAGGAAGUGUUUCCAACUCAACUGGAGCUCGCUGCUGCUUCUGCACUUCUCCUUCUCUCUACCAAUGUCUUCGUCCUCUCCAAAUCAACAACAUCCUCCUCAUCGUAUGAAUUCGAGGUGAAUGAUGUAAUGGAAUUGGAGACUGAGUUAUCUAAGAAAAAUGAUGAUUUGGAGUUGAUUAGCUUGGAGAAGAGUGUUGAUACGACGUCGUGUCCUUCAUCGUUGACAAUUGAUGACUACUGUGAUCAUUUACAACGCACAGACUUCAUCGCUGUUACUCGAUCCUGUGAAUUGAAGCUUAAGGUAGCUCGUAGAGCUAGGACAAAAGUAAUUUACAGGAGCCUUGACGACCGAGAAUCAGAUUCAAAAACAUGGUCAAAACUACCACCAAAAACUCCAAAAACUGUGUCAACAUCUCUAGUAGGCGGCACAACUAUCACAGAGAGCUCAUGUUUAUCAAGUGGGGGAUCGAACGAGGUAUCAAGCGCAAGGAAAGGGAGGAAGACGGUUGGUUCCUUGACAAAGACAACAGUGACGGAGAAGGAAAGAAGGAGAAGAGGAACAGGAAUAUCUCAUUUAAGCCGAAAAGCAGAAGGAAUUAGAAAAUUGUUGAGUUCUCAAGGAAGUUUUUCUGAAGUCCGUAUUAGACAACUGCUUGGUGAUAGUCCUGAUACUAGUAAAGCUCUCAGAAUGUUGUUGAGGAAGGAAGAAGUUAAGCGAAGUGGUGUAGGAGGCAGGCUUGACCCAUUUAUUUACACGCUCAAUCUCAAUCUCUUUGGUCUUGUAUCCAGAUUGCAGCAGACAGCAACAGCAUGGUUUGCUAAACUAAUGACACAGCUUUAUAUAUUUUGGUUAGUCUUCGGCUCGCAACUAAGCAAAUGCUGCAAGGAGCAGAGUAAGGCUUUAAGAAUUUAG